GGCACCCUGGUGGCUCAGUCGGUUAAGCAUCAUCUGACUUUUGACUUCAGCUCAGGUCAUGAUCUCAGGGUCAUGGGAUCGAGCCCCACAUUGAGCUCUACACUCAGUGGGGAGUCUGCUUGAGGAUUCUCUCUCCCUCUGCCCCUCCCCUACCCCUUGCACACUCGCACUCACACACACUCCCUCUCGCAAAUAAAUAAAUAAAUCUUAAAAAUAAUUAAUUAGUUAGUUAAAAAAAAAGGGGGGGGAAGGAAGAAAGAAAGAAACCAUUUGGAUUCGGAUCCCCGGCAGCAAUGCCUAAGAUCUGUUUUUCUGCAUCUUCUCCACAUAGCCCACGCACCAGUCUGAGAACUGGUGUUUGGGCAUCCUUAAUUCACACAUCAUUCAGUACGGAUGUGCUGAGGGCCUGCUCCGUGCCAGGAAGCAUGCCGUGUGCUGACGGCACAGUGGGAAACAAAACGUCUUGAUGAUUGCCGAGGCCGCCUCCUCCGUGGUCUCCCUGCUUCUGCCCUGCCCCCUACAGCCUAUUCUCAAGAGAGCCGCCAAAAUGAGCCUGUGAACAUCGAAGGCAGGUCUUGCCACUCCUCUGCCCAGAGCCCUCCCUUGCCCCCCCCUCCCCAUAGCGGCCUUCCCACCACCCCGAGGGCCCCGCCUGUCCCGCUCCCUCUUCAUCUCUGGCCUUCUGCCUCCUGCCCACCUCCUCACUCACACAGCUCUGGCCGCUGGCCUGGCCUCCUCACGCCCCACGUCCCACAAGGUGCCUUUUCAUCUUCUUCCCUCAGAGAAGCAUACAGGCCUCUCCCCCCACAUUCUCCAGGUGUUUUUCCUAUGCUCUUUCUAAAUGAGGCCCUCCGUGGUCAACCCAUCUGAAUCCCAGCAUCUCCUACACAUUUCCUAUCCCUUGCUUCUCUGUCUCACCAUUUGCCACCAUCAAACACGUAUCUUACUUGUCUACCUUGUGUGUCUCCCUUAGCGAUAAUGUCCGCUCCAUGAGGGCAGAGAUGUCUGUCUGUCUCGUUUCCUGCUGAAUCCCAAGUGGCCGUCCUCCCUGCUCCUUCCCUGCCAGCAGGUGGCCUGGCCUGGGCGAACCUCUGGCAGACUGGGACCCAGGCACAAGAAUCCAGCUUUGAGAAAAGGCAGUGGCCAGAUAGUGCAUGGGACUCCAGGCACAGAGCAGGUGCUCAAUUCAUGUUUGUUGAAUGAACGAAUAAGUGAGAAAGCCCUUCUCCGGCUGCAGCACCCCCAAUCUCCCCCAAGGUUCGGCCCCUCCCACCACCAUCGCCUACCUACCUCCUUCCUCCACAAUUUCCCCUGGGGCCCAGAGAUAUCAGUCUGGUCCAGAAGCUUUCCUCCGGCCUCUUGGGCUAUUGUCAGUACACCUGGGCCCGACCAGACCGGCAUUUGUGCCUACAAGACCAACAUUGAAACUGUGUGGCUCCUCAGUGUCACCCUGUGCGCAUCCAGGGAGUUAGAACAUCCCUGAGGGCAGAGGUCGGGUCAUCACCGAGUCCUGGGGACCCUGCAGAAUGAAAGGAGCCCUGACAUCAGACUCUGCCCUACAUGGGGAACCAAGAGCAGCAAGCCCAUUCUCACUGAGCCCCCCCUGCCCCUCACACCUGCCAGACCACAAGUCCUAGUCUGGAUUUGGGGAGAACCCUCUUCAAUGGCAGAUGGGCCCUAAAUACGCACCUGGGAGACAGACAGAAGACCUCAUGAGGCGAAGGGACCCUCCCUCCCUGAUUCUGCAUAUGUAGCCCAGGGGAGCCCUCAGAACCCAGGAGCUUUUGUGGGGCAGCCUCAUCCCACUAGGGAUGGUACAAAUGCCAAGCUCCGUGAGGGCAGGGACCCCGGCUGAUUCUGCUUCCCUUUGCCAAGGCCAACCCAGGUGUUCCAAAAGUUGUGAGUGGGUGUCAGUUAUGAUCAUUGCUUUUAUGGAAGUCCACCAGCAUCACCACCCAUGAUAACUCGAUGUCAUUCUCACUAUUUUGCAGACUAACCAAUGUUUAGGUAAAUUAAAAGACUUGCCUGAAGUCACAAAACAAUGCUUGGGGAAGGACGAGAUUCCCACAGAGCCGUCCGUCUGCAAAGCGCACAUUUUCUCCACGACAGCGAGUCCUUGCUCCUAGGAAGGGCUCAGGAGGGCCCUGUGCCAUUCUGACCCUUUGUCAUGAGAUUAGAUGACCUAUUUAACCUUCUCAUUGUCUGUCUGAACUUGAGGGAUCUGGCCUCCACCCAUAAAAAUAGACUCCAGCCAAUACAGCCUGAUGGGAGUUCUGGGGUGAGGAACGUUAUGCACCUGCCCCCCCAAACUAGCCAUCAAAGUGGGAUUCCUGCCCCUUGCAGGACUGGACCUUUAGCCGAGCAGUAACCUAAACCAUCUGGUGUUUUACUGCCCCCACCUCCAGACCUGUCAACCCCCAGCCACCCGGCUCCCACCAGGGCCCUGCCUCAUAAAUGCCCUUUUUGCUGGGCCUCACAAGAACAGAAUCCAUACCUCCCCAUGGCCACUUGCCCUCAUCUCAGCCACCAGACGAUUAUCUGAGUUGAUGAUGGGCAGGCGCUCACCUAGAGAGGACACUGAGUGCCCAUCUACUUCUCAGAAAGGACUCCUAGAGAGAUGAGCAGGAUUUCCCAGUGAAGGACCCUAACAACUCCUCUGGGCUGCCUAGCAAUAGCUAAGUGAGCUGGAGCUCCCCCUUCCUAGGGAGGGGCUUCACAUGGGACCAGGACACUUAAGCUCACCCCUUUGGGAGCCUGACUUAAGAUGUGCAUCCCCCACUGCAAGGCUUACUUUAGGCUUACCCCAUAAAGAUAGUUAAUCCUGUGCCCAGACCUGUAUUCAAGCCCCAGCUCUGACAAUCACUACUUGUUUUGUGUUUUUUUUUAAGAUUUUAUUUAUUUAUCCAACAGAGAGAGACACAGCAAGAGAGGGAACACAGGCAGGGGGAGAGGGUGAGGGAGAAGCAGGCUGCCCACUGAGCAGGGAGCCCGACGCGGGGCUCGAUCCCAGGACCCUGGGAUCAUGACCUGAGCCAAAGGCAGACGCUUAAUGACUGAGCCACCCAGGCGCCCCGACAAUAACUACUUGUCAGAAGCCUGGAAAACUUGCUGGACCACAUUUUCCACAUCUGUGACCAGGUAAUGGUAUCUAUACUUUAAUAUUUGGCAUCUGCUCCGGGGACUGGGCUAUUCAUACUUCCCAUGAAUUCUCUCAUUGAAUCCCCCAGGACUGGCAUUACCUCCAUUUUAUGGGUGAAGAAUCCAAAGUUUAGAGAGGCCAAGCCACUUCCCGAAGGCACACAAUCAGCAGGUGGUGGGAGCGAGAUGCAAACCCACGUCUGCCUGACUGGAGCCAGCACAUUUGUCCUCGCAGCAUUUGCUGGUGGAGGCUGCAGGGAUUGUUUUGCAAAGCACCCACAUUCGGAGUUUUCCCAUCUGUCGCCAGAAACAUCCUGCAAGCUUGCAGAGGCCCUGUGGCCUUCCUCCUUCCUUCUUCCCCGACAGCAGGUGGCCCAGCCCUCACCAAUCUGCCAGACUGGGCCCCAGGGACAAGAAUCGAGGCCCAUCUCACUCACCACUUUAAGAAAAGACAGUGGCCAGUGGGAUACCAGGGUUCACAUGCCUGCCCUUGGCCCAAGACAUUCCGGGAAGGAGCAAGAAGGAGAGAAAUACGCAUUGAGCAUCUACUGUAUACCUGUCAGGUCCUACCAUGUGAGAAACCAGACACAAAAUGCCUGGCCCUGGGGCCUAGCUCAUUUCAAAGGAUGGAAUUUCCUUCUUUCUCUCUCUCUCUCUCUCUCUCUCUCUCUCUCCCCCACUCUCCCUUUUAAGGAGAUCCUGACAGGUGGCCCAGCAUGACUAUGAGGAGUCCAGGCUACAAAGUCAGACUUCAGAUUGGGAGGCGGGGUGGCGGGGGUCCAGCUCUGCCACUUGCCAGGUAGGUAUCCUCCGACAAAUUAUUUAACAUCUCUGAGUUUCUCGUCUGUUAACUGAGGGUUCCAAUAGUGCCAGCCUCAUGGGUAGCUGAGAGGACAGUGUUUUUUGUUGUUGUUGUUUUAUUUUUUUUUAAAGAUUUUACUUAUUUAUUUGACAGAGAGAGAGAGGGAACACAAGCAGGGGGAGUGGAGGAGGGAGAAGCAGGCUUCCCGCCGAACAGGGAGCCCGAUGCGGGGCUCAAUCCCAGGACGCUGGGAUCAUGACCCGAGCCGAAGGCAGACGCCCAACAACUGAGCCACUCAGGCGCCCUGAGGACAGUGUUAACGAACAUAAAAUAUCUGGCAGGGUGCCUGGCUGGCUUAGUCAGAAGAGCAUGUGACUCUUGAUCUCGGGGUCAUGAGUUCGAGCCCCACGUUGGGUGCAGAGAUUACUUAAAUAAUUAAAUUUUUUUUAAUUUUUUAAAGAGAUUUAAGGCAUGAUGCUACCAUGGGGACAUGGGGGGGAGGUGUGAGGCGCCUUAGUGAGCAGAUACCCAUCAUCACAGAUGGGGAGACCAAGACCUAGGGGAAGGGGGCACCUGCCCAGAGUCACCACAUCUCAGAAGUCCUGCCAAAACAAGUGCUCUGGCUCUCUUGACUUCUUUCCCAACAUUGUACACAUGGGGAAAGAGCAAGAAAACCAGGUUCAAAUUCCAGCUUUGCAUCAUACGUAUUGUGUGAACACCUCUCUGGGCUUGUUUCCUCUUCUGCAAAAUGAGGAGGGGCAUCCUACUUUCCGGUGUUGUUAUGCAGGGGAGGUGAGGGGACCUAUAAACAUCCCUGCCCCCCACUCACAGAGACCUGGUUCCACGCUGGGUCCCACCCCGAGCAGGGCCCAAUGCCCUACGGGUGCUCUAAAAUAUUCACUCUGGGAAUGAUGGUUAGAGGCAUACGGGUACUAAUGCUAAGCCUAAGACAAGCCAAAUUUUAUUUUAUUUCAAGAUUGUAUUUAUUUAUUUACUUACUUAUUUUAGAGAGAGACAAAGGGAGAAGCAGACUCCCCACUGAGCAGGGAGCCCGACGCGGGGCUCGAUCGCAGGACUCUGGGAUCAUGAGCUGAGCCAAAGGCAGACGUUUAACCGACUGAGCCACCUGGGUGCCCCAAGACAAGCCAAAUUUUAGCACAGAAACAUAGGGAAAGAGAAAAAUCAUUCACCUUGCAGAGCAACCCUUUCAUAGAAGGACCACCUGUGGGGAGCCUUUUAAGCUCAGAUCAGGAAAGGCUGCAGAAAGACCAGGAUCACUUUGGAAACCCAGCUGGGUACACAGCUUUUUGGUACAAGUAGGCCCAAAGGAAUCCCCAGCUUUGAGACUGAAGGUCUGGGUCUCAUGUCGAGGUAUACAAGUGUGUGCAAACAGAGAGGACACACAAACACACCCACUCCCACCUUUUAAAACAAUGCCAAAGCUCCAAAGUCUUCACUGUCAGCCCGUGUUUAUUCACUCAUCCACCAAAUAUUUGUUGAGCACCUACCCUGGGCCUGACCCUAGUUUGGGAAUGGGACUGUAUUGGUGACCAAGAGCGACACAGUCCUUACUUUCAUUGGUGAUUUACACAAAAACCAAGAGUUAAAGAAAAAAUACCCACCACUAUAGUGAGUGUGCCAAGGGUGUGGUGUCUUAUUCUAACACAAUCAAUGUGUGGUUUUUCCACACCAACCACCAAUUCCCCAACACCAAUUGGGUGUUCAACAAUUCAGUUCAAUUCUGACACCAGCUCUUGGGGUUAGUGUAGAUCCCACAGGCUUAAGGAUCAGUCCCACGAGAACUGCCCCCACCUCAGACCACAGCUGCACAACCCAGGGGCCACCUCUACCUCCGACAUACCGGCUAUAAAUUCAGGGGUUCCCACAACCCCCACCCUGGGUUCAGUAAUAGGCUAGAAUGACUCACAGAACUCAGGAAAGCACUUUACUUACGUUUAUCGGUUAACUAUAAAGGAUACAACUUGGGAACAGCCAAUUGGAAGGGAUGCAGAGGACAAGGUCUUGGGUUGGGGGAGGGACUAGAGGCAACAUGGAGCUUCCCAUGCUGCCCUCCCACCAGCACCUCCCUGUUUGCCAACUCUCCCUAAACCCCGUUGUUGAGGGAUUUUCCCAAGGUUUCACUACAUAGGCAUAAUUGAUUAAAUCACUGGCCACUGGUAAUUAGCUCAAACUGCAGCCCCUCUCCCCUCCCUGGAGGUUGGGUGGCGAGGGCAUACCGGGGAGAACUGAGAUUUCCAACUGCUCUAAUUAAGGCUUGAUCUUUCCAGCAAGCAGUCCCCAUCCUGAAGCUAUCUACGGGCUCCUGGCCAUAGAUAAAAAAGGAUAUAGUCUUACCUCUUAGGAGCUUGCAAAGGUUCUUAGGGGUCCUGGGCCAGGAACUGGGGACAAAGACCAAAUAGAUGAGUUUUGUAAUAUACCACAAGGGACCAAAACUUGGAGCCAAGAAAGCAGGUCCUGGAGCUUCUGAUCCAGACUGCAAUGAAUUCCCAAAACAGUGUGGUGAGAUGAAAAGAUAAAAAGGAUCUGGACAGGUAGGGCCUGGGAGGCCUGGGAACAGCGGGGGCAGGAAGAGAGGGCAAGGAAGUUUUAAGUUCCAAAAAGUUAUAAAUUCAUUAGAAGUGAUUGUGAGUAUCCCAUCCAGGUUUUCCUGCUCAUUCCUCCUGUGAUGAUUGUCUCCCCAGAAGCCCCCAACCCCAGCCUGGAUGCUUCCCAGGGUCAGAGGUUUUUCUUUUGUUUUUUGCUUCCUGCUUAACAAUAUGGAUUGAUAACAAAGCAAAUCAAUGCUUCCCAUACAACCUAAACCCUCACACACCUGCCCAUAAAUACCUCCCCAGCAGACUGCCAAUGAGAAUCCGAAAUGCCACCAUUAAAUGUCCCUCUGGGGAAUUACGAAACUCUGUCAUGGGGCACUCAGAAAACAGUCAUAAUCUCGUUACAAAUACCAGGUGCUUCACAGUUUACCGAGAGCUUUCCUCUAUAGCCCGUGAAAUUACAGACAAGAGAAGGGAAGCUCAGAGAGGCAAAGUAACUCUGAGUCACAUCUGGAAGUUCUGAGCCCCGGGCCUCUGGACACCAGGUGGGGGCUGUGGUGUUUGCUCGUGCUCAGGGAACCGGGUAAGCAUGUUCUGGGGACCUGGGUCAGGCCCAGACAGGCGGAGAGAGGAAGAGCCAGACGAGUCUCAGCAGUUGACACUCCCAAAGCAGUACCCCCCCAACCCCACCCCCAACCCCGGGAAGGCCUGGGCACUGGCCCAGCAGGUCACACCCACCUGAGGGAGAAGGGGCACACGAGAGAAAAGCAGGGAGCUCAGCCAGGGGCACCUGAGAGCUGAGAGCUUGCCAGGCACUGCCUUCAAUUUUCCAUGUUGUUCCAGCCCAUUCGAGGGGAGGAGAAAUGGGCUGGGCCACCCACAAGAAACCUAGUGCGCAGCCCCAGAGGCCUACAGGCAGACACCACACCAGUGGGACAGGUAACCCUUGUAAGACAGGUUGCAGUGGACAGAGCUCGAGCCCUGUGAUUGGAUCCCAUCCAAAUCUCGACAAACAGGUACUGCGCUACCAUUUACCGAGCAAUUCCUGCAUUUGUGGCCAGCCGAGUGCCCGCAGAGAAGGGGGUGGGGGUGCAGAGGCACACAAAUCUUUCAGGGGAGCUGCUUUCCUACCCGCAGCAGCCCCUGGAGGAUGCUCAGCUCUGGGCACUUCCUCCUGCACACAGGUUCUUAGCACCACCCAAGGCUCCGAGCAGCUAGGCCAGAAGUACCUCUCCUCCGGCAGCAGGCAGCUCCAGGCUAGGAUGGGCAGCCCAGUGCACCGAGUGUCCCUGGGGGAUACCUGGAGCAGGCAAGUGCACCCCAACAUAGAGAGUGAGAGGUACAUACAGUCCUUCAAUGUGGAAAGGCUCAUCAACAUCCUGGAUGGAGGUGCCCAGAACACUGCACUCCGGAGGAAAGUUGAGAGCAUCAUCCACAGUGACCCGGAGUUUAGCCUCAAGGAUAAUUAUUUCAUGACCCAGAAUGAACGUUAUGUGGCCGCCGUUCAGAGGAAAUUUCACCUCCAGAUAACAGCAAAGCGCCUGGGCUGGUCGGAAAACAGUCCUGAAUUCUAUUACGUUUACAGAGCCCUUUCUGGAGAACUGGCCUUAAAUCUACACCACGUGUUCCUGAAAUCCCUCAGGAGCCUGGGCUCAGAGGAGCAGAUUGCCAAAUGGACCCCACUCUGCAAUAAAUUCCAGAUCAUUGCAUCAUAUGCCCAGACAGAAUUGGGACACGGGACGAAUCUUCGGGGCCUGGAGACUGAAGCCACCUAUGAUGCGGCCACCCAGGAGUUUGUGGUGCAUAGCCCCACGUUGACGGCCACCAAAUGGUGGCCUGGGGACCUGGGACGGUCAGCCACCCACACCUUGGUCCAGGCCCAGCUGAUCUGCUCAGGAGCCCGACAGGGCAUGCACGCCUUCAUUGUGCCCAUCCGGAGCCUCCAGGACCACACCCCACUGCCAGGAGUCACCGUUGGAGACAUCGGGCCCAAGAUGGGCUUUGACCACACAGACCACGGCUUCCUGCGACUGGACCACGUGCGGGUCCCUAGGGAGAACAUGCUGAGUCGCUUUGCACAGGUCUUGCCAGACGGCACCUACGUCAAGCUCGGAACGUUGCAGACCAACUACUUUUCCAUGGUGGUGCUGCGGGUGGAUCUGCUCCUGGGCGAGAUCAUCCCCCUGCUGCAGAAGGCCUGUGUCAUCGCCAUCCGCUACUCGGUCAUCCGCUGCCAAUCCAGCAUCCGGCCCAGCGACCCAGAGGCAAAAAUCCUGGACUACCAGACACAGCAGCAGAAACUCUUCCCUCAGCUGGCCACAGCCUAUGCAUUCCAUUUCCUGGCGAGCAGCCUCCUAGAGUUCUUACGUAGCUCCUACAAUGCCAUUCUCAACAAAGACUUCAGCCACCUGCCGGAGCUUCAUGCACUGAGUGCAGGCAUCAAGGCCAUGACGUCAGACUUGUGCCUCCAGGGGACUGAGCUGUGCCGCCAAGCCUGUGGCGGCCAUGGCUACUCGAAGCUGAGCGGCCUGCCCUCACUGGUCAGCAGAGUGACAGCCUCCUGCACCUAUGAGGGUGACAACACCGUGCUCUACCUUCAGACAGCCAGGUUUCUGGUGAAAAACUACCUGCAAGCUCAAGCUCAGGCAACCCCAGGUUCCACACUGCAGAAGUCUCUGCCUCAGUCUAUUGCAUACCUGACCACAACUGACUUGGCCAGAUGCCCAGCCCAGAAAGCAGCCGACUUCCUCCACCCAAAACUCUACACCACGGCCUGGGCACACGUAGCAACCAGGCUCAUAAAGGACUCAGUGCAUCACUUAGAGACUGUGAUGCAAUCCGGGGCUGACUGGGAUGAGGCAUGGAACCAGACCACUGUCAUACACCUCCAGGCUGCUAAGGCACACUGCUUCUAUCUCAGUGUGAAGAGUUUUACAGAAACUCUGGAGAAACUAGAAAACCAACCGGCAGUUCAGCAGGUGCUCAAACGCCUCUGUGACCUCUAUGCUCUACACGGCAUCCUGACUAAUGCCGGUGACUUUCUCCACGAUGGCUUCCUGUCUGGGGCCCAAGUAGAUGCGGUGAGAACUGCCUACCUGGACCUGCUCCGCCUCAUCCGGAAGGAUGCCAUCUUGUUAACUGAUGCUUUUGACUUCACGGAUCAGUGUUUAAAUUCAGCACUUGGCUGUUACGAUGGAAAUGUCUAUGAACGUCUGUUCCACUGGGCUCAGAAGUCACCAACCAAUACUCAGGGGAACCCUGCCUAUGAGAAAUACUUAAGACCACUAUUACAAAGUUGGAGAUCCAAGCUGUGAAGUAAUCAACAGCAUUCAAGAGACACCACCAUGUGAUAAUGUAGGCUCCACACCCAGCAUGGAACCCAAUGCAGGGCUCAAACUUACGACCCUGAGAUCAAGACCUGAGCUGAGAUCAAGAGUCAGAUGCUCAACAACCAACUGAGCCACCCAGGGGCCCCUUAGUUGUUAAUAAUUAAUAAAUCUGAGAAAAUUUGCCAAAACAAACUUCUCUCCAGUAAACUGGGCAAGGAAGAGACCCCAUAAGAUUUUACCUUUUAAAAUGCUAGAAGUAUUACUCCCAUUUCCACAUCAAUUUUCAACCCAAAUCACUCUGUCUUGCAUCUACCUCUGCCAACUCAACAACACAUAAGUGGCUGGAUAGUUUUUUUGGGGGGGGGGUAACCUCUAAUCAAUUUUAAGUAUGAGACAAUUUUCUAAAAAGAUAACGUCACACUAGCACGUUUACUGAAACCACGGCAACCUGCCAAUAGCAUGAAGGGGUUUUAGUUUGAAGACGGCUGAAGACGGUUUAGUUGAAGAUGGUGAAAACGGGGUAAUUAUAGGUUUCUAGAUGUUGGUCACUUGUCACAUCUUAAAAUAAAUUUUCAGAGACAUGGGCAAAAAUGGAUGUAAGUAAGUGUUCUCAUCCUCCUUUCAGAGAGAGAAUCUCAGAAUCUUCUCAUGAAGAGGAGAAAAGGAGUGACCCACCCAAGGGCACACAGCCUCUGAACUCUACUCUUCCCUUAGAAAACAGGGAAGAAAUUACAUGACUUCCUUUUAUACGGUGUUCUAGCAAACUAGUCUCACUAUAGCUAACAUAAUCUUCCUGUAACUUCCAAGAAAGAGAAUCAAAUCAACUAUCCAAAAUAAGACCACAGUGAAGUAAAGUAUAUACACAUCUCCUGUUCCAGAGCCUUCACUCACUGCAGUUUAGUUUUUCUCCUCAGGAACAGACUUAACUGUAAUAAUAAAAUAUAUUUGUGGGCCACCAUAAUAUUGUGAGAAAAAAAGUGGCUGAAGAGGCAGUUUGUCCCUGUGCUCAGUACAAAGCUAGAGUAAGGGUCAUAUUCAGUGCUGACAACUGGUGGCUUACUGAGAAAAUAUCUGUAAUCUUAA